AUGAACCUCUCAGCAUUUUAACUGAGGGAAAUGAAAACCAGAAUGAUUUAUCUUGAGAAUUUUCCAAACAAUGUUGAAGAGAAAAAUAUUAGAAAGUCAUUUAAGGAAAACGGAGACAUUGAGAAAAUCUGGCUAAGACUCUAGAAACUCAAAGAUGGAAACGAUCUGAGAAAAUGCGCAUACAUUUUGUUUAAGAGUAAAGAAGAUACUUAGAAAGUAGCAGAAAACAUAGCUAAGUAUAAGUUUGAUGGCAGUGAUUUUGAGAUGAAGAAUAAAUAAAGAAAGCAGGAAAAGGCUAUCAAAGUAGAUGAUAAUGCAGAAAUUAAAAAUGAUUAUGAGACCACUAUAUUCAUUAGGAAUAUUCACUAAAAAAUUUAAGAGAACGAUCUAAGAGAACAUUUCAAGGAAUGUGGCAAAAUACUUGCAAUAAAUUUAGUAAAGGACAAAGAAUCUAAUAGAAAUGCUGGAAUUGCUUAUAUUAAAUUUGAGAGUAAAGAUGAGAUGGAAGCAUCAAUUAAGCUAAAAAAUAAGACAAAACUCAAAGAAAGAUCCCUCAAAAUUGUUAAAGCAAUUGAAAUUCAUAAGCCUAAGGAAUCUGAGGAAGACAUUUUAAGAAGGCGUGAAAAGAAAUUGUUAGAGAAAACAAUGAAGUUGGAAUCAAGAUAAGGCAAAAAUUUGCUAUCUUCAGAUAUGGAAAUCUUUCUUACUAAUGCCAGGAAAAAUCUUAAAGGAAAUGGGAGAUUAGAUGAGAUGGAUUUCAACAAUAAUAUGUCAUUGAAGAAAAAGGAAAGGAUAAAAGUCUUGGAAGAAAUGAUUGAAAGCAGAGAUAAGAAGUCUAGCAGACACCAAAAAAUUAAAAACAAAAUUUUCAAGGAUGUUCCAACACUGAAUGAAGCCCACAGAAAGAAGAGAAAGCUUAGAAAGGCUCAAAACAUGAAGAAAUUUACUAAAAUAAAGAUAAAGAAACUGCCUCAAUGA